AUGAUGGCGCAAGAGAAGGCACCGCCAGACUCGCCCUUGGAUGCGUUUGCGCCUGCGCCCGACGACAUCGAACAACUCGACCGAUUCCGCCGUUCGCCCCACCCGUACUUGCAUCAUAGAGAUCAGCUACGGAGACGGUCGCUAGAUCCGGUGCACGACGUUUCUCUGCACUCGCAAUCGCAAUCGCAAACCCCGCCUCGGCCCCUAGACAAGACCAUGAGGAAAACGCCGUCACAAUCACCAAGUGAAAGCGGCACCGAGGCCGACGACGAGGGCUGCAGCCUUGUCAAGGCACUGCCUGCUCCUCCCUUGCGACCGCACAAGGGCCUCCGUGAGUCCCAGGCAUUGGGCACAGAGGCGUGGGCGAGCCCCCUCCUCACCCCCACACAGAUUGACGAUGAGGGGAGGAAGCUCUCUGAGGGCUACUUUGCUCGCAACAACAAGACGAGACGCAAGGGAGACGUAUACCAUAGCGACGACGAAGCGAGGGCGGCCAGGCAGAGAUACCUCCAGCGGCGGCGCAACGAGCUGAUCAGGAGAACGACCGAGACUGCAUUGCUUGCGGGCAUUGCCGUCCUGGCUGUCCGUGGUUGCGACUGCUGGACCAAACUGCUGGCAUGGCAUAGAGUAGAGCUGUUGACACACUGUUCUGUCAUGGCUGGCGUUUUGGGGCUAUAUCCGCUUCGGCUUCUGUACUACUCAUGGAGAAAUCGCUCUCAACUCCGGCUUGGCCGUCAAAUACAUCUACCAGCCGCCUUCGAUCCGGCCACUAUCCUCUACCCCCCAAUAUUGCCCGUCCUGAUUGCGAUCUCCCUGUUUGCCUCAUCGUCAAAGCCCCUUCUACCCAACAUGUUGCUUGGACUAGCCGCUUUACCAGCCAGGCUUGUUCCUUUCAGAAACGCUACCUUGGGCUACUCUCCUCUGCACUGGCUGAUAUCCAUCAUGCCCCUGAUCGUUUCAGAGAAUACCGAUAUACCCUCUCGGCUGUUUGCACAGACACCAUACAAGCUCAAGUUACCCCCACCUAACCAAGGUGUAGACCCAGAACUUCUGGUGAUGUUAUUCCCCUUGCAUCAAGCGCUACUACCACCCUUGUUCUAUCUCACCACGACGAGCCUUUUGCCAGCCGAGUUGCAUUUGCUUUCCAUUGGGCUCAUCAACCUCCUCUUAUUCUCGGAAACUCCUCAAGCAACCAUACUCACUGUCUUGCUGUGGCUAGGUGGGCUGGGUGUUUUCUUGCUUUGCGGCAGGAUCUUGAAGUGGGGUGUCGCACUUGCACGCAUUCCGCGAUGGAGGCUUCGGCGUGCUGGCCAAGUCAUCCGAGCUCGACAGAAUUUCUUGCAGGUCCUGAACCACAGCCUGGGCUCCAGGCGCGGCGGGAGUGGUCCGGUGAGAAAUGCGAGUGAUAGUGAUGCGGACCAAGAAGAUCGUGCAUUUGGAAAUGCUCUCCACAAGACUAAGAGUCUGAAAGUCAACAUUCUAGAUUCUGUGAAACACAGCAGACUUCGCAUGGGCGGCGAUGAGCCACGAUCCGCAGUUGAAGCGACAAAUACGGGCUUUCAGCAAUCGAAUGGUGGCCAAAGAGCCAACCAUAGCAGCGGACGCAGGCGAAGGAACACCCUUCCAGUUCUCGCCGCUGAAGACCAUACAUCAAAGCAUCAGUACUCGAGUCGAAAACGAUCGAGAUCAAUUGUGCAGUCCUACCUGUCGCUCACACCGACCGAAGCCACCAUGAGGAAGUGGUUGUACGCAGGAUACUUCUAUGCGAUUGUAGUCGCGCUAAUACUUGGACCAAUUCGGUAUACUAUCGGCGAACAUGCUCUCCACCACAACGAACCGUUUGGAUGGGCCAUCAGCUACCUCUUGGGCAAUGUACCACGCGUGCGAUGGGAGGUGUUCCAAUGGAAUUUGGACUGGUGGAUCCCACUACCGACGAGACUGGAUUAUGACGACAUGCUCGAAUCCGCACAGCAUCUAUCACCUGCGGAGUAUGUGCGUUUCUUAGUGGUGGGCGAAGCAAACACGCGUCUCUUGCUGUGUUUGUACUGUGCCGGAACUAUCAUUGCCGGCCUUGUUGCAGUCUUCUCACUUUCCGCGGUUGUAGAAGUCGACACGCGCAGAAAGGUGUUCCAUGGCACCAUGGUCGCGAUGCUUCUUCCGACCAUCUUCAUCGAUCCUUGUUUUGUCGCACUAGCCCUUGCGUUGGUGCUUGCGAUAUUUCUCCUUCUGGAUCUGAUUCGUGCCUCGCAACUGCCACCACUGUCAAAACCGAUUGCUAGGUUCCUCACGCCGUACGUAGACGGUCGUGAUCUCCGGGGUCCAGUAGUAGUAUCACACAUCUUUCUCCUCAUAGGCUGCGCAAUACCGCUUUGGCUAUCGCUCGCAGGUAUAGAACGGGCUGGCGAUGAGCCAUGGCAAGGGUGGGAUGUCAAGGAUAGGGAUGUGAGUAUGGUGGCAGGGGUGGUUUGUGUUGGCAUGGGCGAUGCCGCGGCAUCUCUCAUCGGCCGUCGCUACGGACGGCGGAAGUGGCCAUGGGCCGGCGGCAAGUCACUCGAGGGCUCCCUGGCAUUUGCAUUUGCAGUGUCGAUAGGGCUCGUUGUGAGUAGAGUCUGGCUUGACGUGGGGUGGGACAGUGGCCAGGCAGGGCAGAAGACAACGAGCGAGUGGGUACAAGACGCACUGCUCAUGGUCGGCAAGGCAGGUCUAUGUGCAACAGGGGCGAGCCUAAACGAGGCGGUACUCACAGGCGGAAACGACAAUGUGAUAGUGCCAGUCAUACUAUGGGCUCUUGUGAGGGGUGUCAGGCUCCUCAUCCGGGCCCCGGCUGCUCAGCCAGCGCCGCCUACCAUGGCCUCACCCCCAAACCCACACGCCCCACGGCGGUCGGGUGCAUCGCCGUCGACGUCGUCACCCGCUGCCACGGGCUCGGAGCAGAUUAUUGGCAAGUUCAAGCGCUUGCAUCACAUUGGCAAAGGCAGCUUCGCCGAAGUCUAUCGUGGCAUCCACAUUGAGAAACGGCAGUCGGUCGCCAUCAAGUCGGUCAACAUGAACAAGCUGAACAAGAAGCUCAAAGACAACCUCGUCUCGGAAAUCACCAUCUUGCGCAGUCUGCACCACCCACACAUCGUGUCGCUCAUCGACUGCCACGAGACGCCAUCGCGCAUGCACAUUAUCAUGGAGUUUUGUGAACUCGGCGACCUGUCAGCCUUCAUCAAGAAGCGCUCCGAUCUCGUGAACCACCCGCAAACCCAGCGCAUGAUAGAAAAGUACCCCAACCCAGCCGUAGGCGGCCUCCACGAGGUCGUCGUACGCCACUUUGCCAAGCAGAUGGCCAGCGCCCUCGAGUUUCUGCGAUCCAAGAACUAUAUCCAUCGUGAUCUGAAGCCCCAGAAUCUGCUUCUCAAUCCAUCGUCCAUAUUCUACUCUCAGAGUGGAACUCUGGAACGCAUGCCUCUGGCCGCAAGCGCAAACUCCUUGAUACCCGCCACUGGCAUUGCCUCGUUGCCCAUGCUCAAGAUUGCUGAUUUCGGCUUCGCUAGGAUUCUGCCGACUACCUCACUGGCCGAAACCCUCUGCGGCUCUCCCCUCUACAUGGCACCAGAGAUCCUGCGAUAUGAAAAGUACGAUGCAAAGGCUGACCUCUGGUCCGUGGGAACCGUUCUCUUCGAAAUGAUGUGUGCUCGGCCACCAUUUAGGGCCAACAAUCACGUAGAAUUGCUACGCAAAAUCGAAGAGCGCAAGGAUCAGGUCCGAUUCCCAGAAGGUCUCGUCAGCAGCAGGGCCAUGAAGACUCUCAUCCGCGCACUCCUGAAGCGUAAGCCAACUGAGCGCAUGUCUUAUGAACAUUUCUUCUCAGACCCGGUCAUCCGUGAUGAAAUUCCAGACAUGGUGGACGAAGACCUUCCUGGCUCCAUGCAAGCUUCUGAGCGUAUGCAAACCUCUGUACUAGAACCACCAAUCGAGCCACCUAGGCGACUACAGAAAGCGCCUGUUGAAAUGGAUCCAAGGGCUGCUGAUAAUCCAUACUCGCCAUUACCCAGAGACAGGACGACAGCCCCUGGCACAACGCCGCCUUCACGGCCCAGCUCUAGACCCGUUUCCGGUCACUUCUCUAGCACUCCACCGCAACACCUUUCUGCACGAAGGGCCAACAAUGUCCCGGCCGAUCCUAGCGAUGAACGUACGUCGACUCGCGAACACCGCCGACCCACUCUUACUAACGCGGCGACCGCACCAGGACGUACCGCUACACUGCAGGAUCAGACCGCCGCACCCACUGCCAUCGGCCAUAGGCGCAAACAUUCUCGCGAUGAGCAAGCAUCGACACCUACCGGCCUCAAGGAGCACUUUGACCGCGAGCGGAUCCCACAGAGAGCGGAAGCCAAUGUAUUGAAAGAAGCGGCAGAACGAGCUGCACAAGACAACGCGCUUGACGAGGGCUUUGUAUUUGUAGAGAAGCGCCGUGUGGAAAUUGACGCACUCGCAGACGAGAUUGCCAAUAGCCCGCAAACACAACGAGAUCGUCUCGUUCACCGAGAAGUUCCAAUGAAGCGACGUUCGACAACACAAGGGUCCCCAACAUCGACCACUGGCGCAGUCCCUUCCAAGGCCAUCCAGAUUCAACAAAAGCCAACCAUUACCCACCAACGCACGGCUUCAUACAGUCGGAGACAGUAUCGUCCAAGUUUCGAAACCGCUACUUCUGCCUUGUCCAAGGCUAUGAACAUGGUCAACAUUCGAGGGCUUGGUCUGUCACCACCUGUUAUGAAGGGCGUAUCUCCCCCACAGGGCUAUUCUGCAUUUCCUGCGUAUCCAACUGCGCAAAGCAGCAUGUUGCUGGUCGGCGAUGGAGGCAAAGUAGUGGGCAAGGACGAAGACACUAGUACGGUUAAAAGGAUUGAAGAUCUGGCGCAGCUCAGCCAUGUUGUUUACGGCUUCGCAGAAGUCAAGUACAGCCAGCUCGUCCCAGUUGCACCAAGCGACCCGGCUCUAGGUAUCGGCUCCACUGGCGUUGCUCGCAAGCCUAGUAGCGAUGUAAUUGACGACGACGAUGACGAUGACGAUGAUCUGACGCCCGAUACUGUUCUUAUCAUCUCUGAGGAAGCGUUGGUACUUUUUGUGAAAACGUUGGCAAUGCUGAACAAGGCCAUGGACUUGACCGGUAGUUACUGGAACCGAACUCGACGUAACAGCGGUCCUGACGGUGCAAGCCGAACUAAUGCAAAACUUGGCCAAGUAGUCUCUUGGAUGCGCGACCGAUUCAACGAGUGCUGUGUCAAAUCUGAGAUAGUUGCACGCAAGCUCAAACAGGCACAGCAGCAGCUACCAGCAGACCAUCCCAGUCAUCCUCAGAAUCAGUCAGCGGCAUCUGGUUCUACGACUGCGGUUGGUUCUGCCGAGAAUAUUCUGCUUACAACUGGCGUCACGGCCGAAAAGCUGCUAUACGAUCGAUCCCUAGAAAUGAGUCGCCAGGCAGCCAUUGAUGAGCUUACUGGACACAAUCUGGCCGACUGUGAUAUUAACUACUGGACUGCCAUCACAAUGCUUCAAGCUGUCCUGGAAGAAGAGGAAGAUUCGCCCAACGACAAGGCAGAUGCUGAGGAAAUCAAUGGUCUCGAUGGUGAAGACCGACGCUCGAUCCAGAAGCUUCUCGAGCAGAUGAGAAGCCGCCAACGAGCGCUGAAGAAAAAGCUUGAUGUACUCAGGGCUCAAAAGCGCACCUCCAUCACCAGUGCGCCCGCACCACACUCCGUCGGUCGCAGCUCGCCUUCUCAGGGUGUCGCAAAGUAG